UUGUCCUUGCCGCCAAAGUGAGGGUCACGUGUCCCGGCGACCACGUGACACGCUAAGGCUAACGGGGUGACGUAUCUUGGUACACGGGGUGUGGUCUGCGCUUAGUCUCAGUACAGUAGCUGCGGCGGCCACGUAUGUUGUGUGGUCUGUUUCCUUAGGGAGUUACGGGGAGAUGGGAUGUGUGUGACUGAUGCCCUCAUUUGGUCCUAGUUUCUUCGUCUUUUAUCUUUUCUCACAAGAACAUGGAUGGGGGUUUAAAAGCAAAACCCCUAAACAAACAAAAAUUAUACAGCAGUAGUUGUAAAUAUUCUUGGGAGAAAACGUCAAGGUUGUCAGAAGCACACACAAUACAGAUAAGAGAGAAAGGCAGUUUAUAUAGAUAAUUUACAGCGUGGUGUCUGCUUUUAUAGAGUUCAAAAUAAAUGUAUUGUUUAGGCUCGAAAGUACAUAUGAUAAGAUCUCAUUCUGAAAGGAAGUAAAUGAUGGUAAAGACCAGAUUGCAGCGUCUGGAAGCAGUCGGCAGAGACGCAAGUGCUGGCGAUGAGGUCUUCGGUGUGGCUGGCAGGGAAUCUUUUAACUGAGCCAAUAGGGUACUUGGAAUCAUGUUUCCCAGCCAAGAUUGGCACUCCAAGGCAGCCAUCCAUCUGUAGCCACUCCAGAGCCUGUCUGAAGAUCAGAAAGAGCAUCUUUAAUAACCCUGAGCAUUCCUUGAUGGGCCUAGAACAGUUUUCUCAUGUUUGGAUUUUAUUUGUUUUUCACAAAAAUGGCCAUUUGAACUACAAGGCAAAAGUGCAGCCGCCCAGGCUGAACGGGGCAAAGACUGGAGUGUUCUCCACACGGAGCCCUCAUCGCCCUAAUGCCAUAGGACUGACGCUGGCCAAGCUGGAGAAGGUGGAAGGUGGAGCUGUCUACCUGUCUGGAGUUGACAUGAUAGACGGCACACCUGUGCUAGACAUAAAGCCCUACAUUGCUGACUACGACUCACCGCAGAACCUCAGUGUACACAAUGACCACCACAAGCUGAGAGCUGAGGCCCAGGCUGAUGGCACAGCUAACAGUUGUGACCAGCGGCUGCUCUCAGGGUGUGGGAAAGCACAGCCUUGUCAGAUCACCAAGGAGAGAUGGAAAUGCCUUGAAGACAGGACCUCAGGAAAAAACUCCCAGAAGUCCAGAGACAUGUCAGAAAUCCAGCAUACUUUGCCAAAAGACAGAGAGAGAGUGGUGGAUCUGUCACUGGAACCAAGCCGAGGUGAGAACAUGGAUAUGCCCGAAAGUCAGCUUGGCCCACCGGAACUGAAGAGCUUUCUGGAAGAAGGCACUGAUAGACCAAGGAAAGUGGAAGGUGCCUUGGUCCUGCCGGGGGGCAGUGCAAAAACACAGUGGGGUGCUUCCUGCCGUGCCAGGACAGCUGACAGAGUGCCCUGCAGUGUUGUCCCCAGCUGGGUGACAGAGGCUCCCGUAGCCCCUUUACAAGUCCGGUUUACUCCUCACGCAGAGAUGGAUCUGAGGAAGCUCAGUUCAGGAGAUGCUAGUCAACCGUCAUUUAAAUACUUCCACUCCGCAGAGGAAGCCAAGCAUGCCAUUGAGGAUGUGCUGGCAGCAGACCCUCGGUCUGUGUACCGACGGAAGCUCUGUGAGGACCGCCUUUUCUUCUUCACUGUGGACACAGCACAUGUCACAUGCUGGUUUGGUGAUGGCUUUGCAGAGGUUGUGAGAAUUAAACUGGCUUCUGAGCCUGUUCAGGUGACUGACCCUGAGAACUCUUUGGUGGCCCUGGGGUCUUGAGCCCACUGUGUUUUCAGAAGCUCCGUUGGCGUCUGAUCUGCCUGCUCUUGUCAUCUUACUGCUUUGGUUGGUGUUGUUUUUUGUUUUUCUUUUUUUCUUUUAUA